CCGCAGCCACGACGUCACGGCCUGCUCCUCGUGGUGGCCGCGCUGGUGCUCUAUGCCGCGCAGAGCCCCAUCUCGUAGCCGUCGUCGGUCGGCGCGCCCACUGCAUCCCUGCUCCUCCGCCCCGAUGCCGACUAUAGCAACCCUCUCUCCAACCCUAACCCUCUACCUCCCUCAGAUCUCAAUACGCUGCCGCCCCUAUCCCUACCCCCGCGUAGCCCAACCCAAUCCGCCGCCCUCCUCUACCCAGACCCCUCCCCGCUCCGGCGAGCCCGCCAUGAACUGCGUAGGAGGCAGCGCAGCAGGAGCAGCACGGGCUUCACCUCCCCGGGCCGUGUCUCCCCCUUCCACCAUCGCUCCUCCUCCACCUCCUUCGCGGACUCCCUCCCGGGCACCGCCCGACAGCAGCCUCCAUAGGGACGACCUGGACCCGGACCCGAUCGCGGCCACCACGGAGGCCCUCGCCACGGUCGACCUCUCCGACGACCCGGAUGCCACCGCCACCGCCAAGUUCGGCUCCAGCACGCCCCGUCAGGCAGCCAAAGGCGGCAGCGGCAACAUGGCCCCGUCGUCAACGUCACCACAAACUACAACGUCGCCGUCAACGUCCUCAACAGCCUCGAUGAGCCGCUCCUCAUCACCUGGGACGGCAUCCAGCAGCGGAAGAACUGCUGGCAGGACGUCGUGCUGGGCACCAACUGCCACAUCCUGCCCGGAUGGAACUGGACCUACAACUUCCAGGUCAAGGACGAUGCUUGCAAGUCGCUCGACUAUCCAGAAGCUUUGUUGA